CUAAUCAUUUGAUUUUUUAUGUAGAGCAGGUGAUGGCAAGUGGAACAAAUGGACCUCCUCUUCACAGUCGACUACUUCAAAAGCUCAACCGUGAUGUUCCCACCGACUGGCCAAGCCAUAGCAUUUUCAAAGUACCUAAUCAUUUGCGCCGGAUAAGUAAACAAGCGUAUGACCCUCAAGUGAUCUCCAUUGGCCCUUACCACCAUGGUAAAGGUCAGUUGAAGAAAAUGGAGGUGUACAAAAUGUGUUGUCUUAAAAAGCUACUUGUGCGAAGAACAGAAAGAAGUCUGGAGAGAUAUUUGACAGCUUUGAAAGACAUGGAAGAAAAAGCUCGCGAAUUUUAUUCAGAACCUUUGAAUCAUAUUGGUGGAGAAAAAUUUGUAGAAAUGAUGCUCCUUGAUGGAUGCUUUAUCAUUGAGCUUAUUCGAAAGAGUACCAUGGGCGAAAACGACCUUCCUUUUGCACCUUUUUUUUCGAGUAGAGCAAUGCUUGAUCUGUUGCUAGUUGAAAAUCAACUUCCUUUCUUUAUACUUUUAAAGUUGUUUGACAUGACUGUGAUGUCAAAUGAUCAAGCAAAGGACUUCAAGGCUAUGGCUAUUAAGUUCUUCUCUAAAAUAAUGCCAGGAUCUCUUGGAAUACCCAAGAAUCAAGAUAUCAAGCAUCUACUGGGCUUACUUCAUGAUAGCUCCCAGGCUCCUUCCCCUGAUUUCCAGGAAGUCCGUAUUUUUUGUUUGCCAGAGAAAGUUAUAAGGUCGCAAUGCCCUGAGGUAGAGCUUAAUUGCUGUUCAUCGGAGGUAGUACGGAGUUCACCACCUGAGCCUCAGGAAGAUCAGGAAAUCGAGUUGGCAGAGGCAGAUCAGGAAAUCGAGUUAGCAGAGAAUGAGCAGGAAAUAGAAAUAGGGUCAAGGGUACCAAUUUCAUCGAGGCAAUAUUGUCGUGCACCGUCGAUAGCUUUUCCGUCACCCGCCUCUUCGGAGGAAAUAUUGGGAACUGCAGUGUGGCCAGCAUCGUUGGUUGGUUUUUGGCCAUUCAAUAAGUUAAGGUUGUGGUGCAAGCGUGCUCCAGACGCUAAUAGUAAGGAAUGGCGAUUCAUUAGUUCUGCAACAGAGCUCAACGAGGCAGGAAUAAAUUUUAAAAAAAUCAAGGGGAGAUUGUUUGAUAUAAAGUUUCAAAAGGGGGUAAUGUCAAUUCCAACUUUAAGUGUCAACGACCAUACAGAGUCCAUUCUUCGAAAUUUAGUUGUUUACGAACAAUGCUUCGAGGGCACAUCUUCAAAAUGCUUCACGGAUUAUCUUAUAUUCAUGGAUUGCCUCAUCAACAAAGGAAAGGAUGUUAAAUUACUUUGUCGCCACAGAGUUAUUGACAACUGGUUAGGUGAUCAUGUAGUGGUCGCUACCCUAUUUAACAAAGUCCAUGACUCUGUGUUUAUCUCCAAAGACAACUUCUCUUAUGCUGGGUUGUUCAUCGAAGUGAAUAAGCAUUGCAAGAGAAAGUGGAACCUGUGGAAGGCAAAUUUAUGGCACAAUUAUUUUAACACUCCAUGGGCGGUCAUUUCCUUUUUUGGUGCGGUUUUCUUGCUUCUACUUUCUGUGCUUGAAAGUGUUUUUGAAAUUCGUUAUUUUCUUCAGUGAUUCCGGAGUUCGCAAGGCAGAUCGCAAAACAUUUCGCCAGACAGUUCGCAACGCAUAUCUUCAUGGUUAUGUUCGUCAUUCCAGAGUUAGCAAUAAGUGAAGCUAGCUGCUCACACAAAAUUGUUUCCCUGUUUAAAUUGCGAUGUCUUGUCAUGUUGUGUAUUCUACUAAAAAUUUGCAUGGGUUGUAUUCCUUCGAAGUCCUUUCUUCUUUUUCUUUUUUUUUUUCCUUUUUUGUAAAAUGUAUCACUUUGAAGUCAACUUGUAAGGAUGUUUGCUGCAAUC